CUGUCUUGACAACAGGUGACGCCCCAGCUGAUGAUGGCUGUCGGCACAGCUGUGAUUGGCUCUCUCCAGUUCGGAUACAACACCGGUGUGAUCAACGCUCCUCAGAAUAUCAUUGAGAGCUUCUACAACGAGACGUGGAGCAGCAGGUUCUCAGAGCCCAUCCCUCAGACCGUGUUAACAGCUCUGUGGUCGCUCUCCGUCGCCAUCUUCUCCAUUGGAGGAAUGUUUGGCUCCUUCUCCGUCGGCCUCUUUGUCAACCGUUUCGGCAGGAAGAACUCCAUGCUCAUGGCCAAUGUGCUUGCCUUCAUUGCUGCUCUGUUUAUGGGCCUCUCCAAGCUGGCUGCGUCCUUUGAGAUGCUCAUCGUUGGACGUUUCGUAGUGGGUCUCUACUGCGGCCUCUCCACCGGCUUCGUGCCCAUGUACGUUGAGGAAAUCUCGCCCACGUCUCUCCGCGGGGCUUUGGGAACGCUGCAUCAACUCGGUGUAGUGAUCGGGAUCCUCAUGGCACAGGUCUUUGGGGUGUGUAAGCGGUGUGCUGUGUGUUGUGUCUUGUUGUCUACUGUCUCUCCGUCUGUGCAGCUGUUUGUGGUUGAGCGAGUUGGCAGGAGACCCCUUCACCUCGUCGGUUUGAUGGGAAUGGCAGUUUCAGCCGUUUUCCUAACUGUUGCCAUGGCGUUGUUGGACCAGCUCAGUUGGAUGUCCUACGUCAGCAUUGCAGCCAUCUUCAGUUUUGUGGCCUUUUUUGAAAUUGGCCCCGGCCCCAUCCCCUGGUUCAUCGUGGCGGAGCUCUUUAGCCAGGGGCCGCGGCCGUCUGCCAUUGCAGUUGCUGGGUUGUCCAAUUGGUCGGCCAACUUCUUAGUGGGAAUUGGCUUCCCGUAUGUCGAGCAACUCUGCGGCCCGUACGUCUUCAUCAUCUUCAUCGUCUUGCUGCUCGGCUUCUUCACCUUCACCUACUUCAAGGUUCCCGAGACUAAGGGCCGCACCUUUGAUGAGAUUUCAGCGGGCUUCCGCCAGUCAGCCGGUCAUGGUCCUGACAAGUACUCUGCACCCGAAGAGUUCAACACCCUGAGGGGGGACGACCCCGACCUUUGAGAGCUGCCGUACAUGCAAGCACACACUUGUUUGCAGCAAAGUUACUUGCUACACUUUUAGAAUACUACAACUUAGGGUGCACUUUUAGGAUCCUACUAUGUGUACUGUACUAAUGUGUACUACGUGUUUGUAUCGGCCAGUAUUACCUAAAAGGUUUAGGCAGACUGUAACAAAGAUGGAGGACCUGACUGAGGAUAUUAAGCAACUAACAAUAUUUUUUUGUUGUUGAUUAAUUUUAUAAUAAUUUUACUUUUUAUUAAUUUGAUUAAUUGAUCAGUUGUUUGGUCUAUAUCAACAAAUGAAAAAAGUGGAUCAGUGUUUCUCAAAAGCCCAAGAAGACGUCCUCAGAUGUCUUGUUUUGUCCACAACUCAAAGAUAUUCAGUUUACUGUCACAGAGGAGAGAAGAAACUACAAAAUCACAUUUAAGCAACUUGAAUUAGAGAAUUUUCAUAAAUAAUGACCCUAUAAUGAUUAAUCGAUUAUCAAAAUAUCGAUUAUUCAUCUUUGCAGCUCUAGAGGAUGUCAUCAUC